CUUUGUAGAGUACUCGAGAAAGGGGCAAAACGCUGAAACAAAAGUGAUGGGAUUGUUUGUGAAGUUGUGACAUGUUUGAAGUAAACCGAAAACAUCAGAAAUGGCUGUGGCAAGAAGCAUAAUUAAGAGGAUGAGUAUUAGGGUUGGUGCUGUUCUGAUACGUCCUCGAACAACACCAUCUCAUUCACACUUCUUCCACUUUUGUAACGAUUCUCUCCCUCCAUUCAAAUCCCACCUUUCUUCCUUCUCCUCUACUUUCCUUAGAUCCUUCUCUCACCAUUUUCCAGAAGAGACAAGUGAUGAAGGUGCUACCACUGAUGGAUGGGAAGAGGAAGAUGAGACUGAACCUAAGAUUGGUGAUGGAGGUGAUGGUGGUGGAAUUGCCUUGCAAAAUGUCCCUUGGGGCCAGCGAACUCUCUCUAUUGCUGAGGAGGUGCUUAUGCAGUUCAAUGAGGACAUCAAACUUUUUGCUUUCAAAACAACUCCUCGUGGAUAUGUUUAUGUGAGAUUGGACAAAUUAACUGAUGAAUAUGGGUGUCCAAGCAUGGAAGAGCUUGAAUGCUACAAUAAAAAAUACAAAGAAAGAUUAGAUGAAGUUGGAGCACUUGGAGAGAUACCCGAUGAUUUGGCUUUAGAGGUUUCAACCCCAGGUGCUGAGAGGCUACUGAAAGUGCCAGGUGAUAUUGGUAGAUUCAAAGACAUGCCUAUGAGAGUCUGUUACACAGAAAAUCUAGAGUCCAAUUGCCCAGAAAGGGAGGGAGUUUUCUUGUUAGAUUUUAUAGAAAAAGACUCAGAGAUGUGUGUGUGGAAGUUGGCAGACGUUAAAGAGAAUAGAGACCCCCUUAGAAAAGGCAGAACUUUAAAUCGUAAACAGAAGGAUUGGAGAUUGAGACUUCCAUUCAACUUGCAUAGAAUGGUUAGUCUGUACCUUGCAUAAUUAUAAAGUAUAAAUUUGUUCUGAUUCAAAAACAUGGAAUUGUUUUCUCUCCCUCCUCCAUUCCCUUUUUGUCUAUCUAUAUUUUCCUUGCAUAUGGUAUGCAGAAGUAGUUUGACAAAAGAAAAGUUCUUUUUAGUUUUAGUAGUGGGCUCGGUACCUUGUGUAAUAUCGAGAAGUAUUAUGUUUGCUGCUGAGACUAGUGCAACCCACUUCCGUUAUCUGGCUUUAUUUAGAUGUUCAUUCCUUCAUUAUGAUUAUACUCUUUCACUUUGUUGUCCAAAAAUGGCUUUUCAUUUUAAUUUUUAAUUAUAUCAUUCUGUUCUUAAAAUAUUUUCUUUUUUUUUUUUUUGCUUGGUUUGAAGUCUGGGACUGGGAUGUGCAUCCUUUUUCGCGUCAGUAUUUUUCAAGCAUUUCUAAUAAAAUUCAUAAUUGUGGCUUCCUAUGCUUAGGCUUGACUAGAAUUCAUCUCUUCUUAUCUCUUUGUGUGGAAAGGCCCGCAACAACUUUAUGAGUUAGGACUAUUAGUUGGGUCAGUUAUGAUACUUAGCAGAAGGGGUUAGCUGGGACAUGAUAGUUAGUUGAAUUGUGUUAAGUAUACUGGCUUAGAAGAGCUCUAACCCCUUCUACCAACUAUUAUAAACCUCUCAACUAAUUGCCUUCGCUCCCAACAUUAUGGGGAAGAGACAUACCAUGAGAAGAAACAAAAAUUCUGCUUGAUACUAACUUGUAUUAUUUUCUUAAUGCUUACUAUGAUUACUCGCAACUUUUCAUUUUCCCGUGUUUUGUUACCAUUUUAUGGCUAUCUCUGUCGUCACUUAAAAAAAUAAGUUAGUGAAUUACGUCUUGAUCAUUGUAAAGUAAUCAAACAAUGCUUUUAUUUCUUCUGCAUGAUGGAGUGCAUAUUAUAAUCGUGUCUGAUACCAUCACUCGCCAUGGAGGAGUUUGUUGGUUGUGUUAUUUCCCUUGGCAUAGUGGUCCUUUGUUUUGGAUAGUAAUGA